AUGGGGAGUGCCCUGGCCACGGACACCAUCCCGGUCCUGGUGACCAUGGUGGAUGUUCACAAUGCAAAGGCUCAGGACAUGUUCUACUUCUGCAACGUUGGCAGCGGUGGAGCUGCCACGAAGGUCAUUGGGCGGUCACAAACAUUGAGCGUGGAGGUAGGGAUCACGACGGUUCUGACUUUGAUCGUAUAUGAGUGCCCCGAACCUGUCUUCACGCCCGAGACGGCUCGCUGCCUCGGAGUGCUCCGCGUGCCGGUGGAACGGCUAGCAGAGCGCUACAGCUCAGGCAUCUUCCAGCAGUGGUUCAACUUGGACACCAAGACGGACCCGCGGAUGCCAGCUGGGGACCUCCAGUCCCUGGUCACCAAGUUCGAGCAGUCUUACGCUGACUCCGUGAACGACAUUUACCAGCCCAAGGUCUGCUUGUCCGUGAUCGGCUCCUCCUUCGAGGUGCAGCAGGGCUCGAGAUCCACCUUCGGGAUCUUCGUCGGCGAGGAUGUGAAGACGCAAGCAGGCCCUGACCUGAAGGCGCUCAUCGCUUCCCACAAGCAGCAAGCUGCGUACAUCGACGCCUUGCACGAGGAACUCCGUCGUCUGAACACCCCGUCUUAUCGGCCUCUUGCAGCCAGCAUGGCGCAGCCGAUUGGUCCUGCUACCCCCGGCUCCUUUGCGGUGCCCAGACAGGGACCAGCGCCUGGCUACGGUGCCUUCGGUGCGCCCGUGCCAUCCUCGAUGGCACCUCAUUGA